AUGGGCAUUGAUAUGGCCGAUCAAGCGGGCUCUUUGGCUCGAGAUGAGAAAAAGAUAACUGAUACCGAGAAUGAUGGAAUACAGCUAUCGGCACAGAGAAGCACCAGCUUAGGGGUUCUUGACUCUAUCCACAAAUCGGAUGGAACACACACAGAUGUUGGUCUGGAAUUAUUCCAAAAGUCUCUUCAAUACGACCAAGAGCAACUCGCUGCUGACGUCGGAAGAGUCCGGCGGAAGCUAGAUUUUCUUGUGCUUCCAAUGAUGAUGGGGACAUAUAUGCUUAGCUUCCUGGACAAGCAAACACUGAAUUACGCCAAUGCCUACGGCCUCCAAAAAGAUACUCGUAUGACCGGCGACCAGUACUCAUGGGUAGCCUCCGCGUUGUAUUUUGGCUGGCUCCUUGGCUCGUACCCGUCCAAUCUUGCUCUACAGCGUUUCCCCAUUGGAAAAUUUGUUGGGGUCAUGACUUUCAUCUGGGGUGCGGUUUGUAUGCUUCAAGCUGCAGCCUUUACCUUUUCGGGUCUUUUCGCGGUGCGCUUUUUCCUCGGUAUGGUGGAGUCCUGCGUUUCCCCGGGAUGGCUUCUUCUAUCAUCAACUCUCUGGACUCGGGAAGAAAUGCCCCUCCGAAGUUCAUUCUGGCUCGCCAUGAACGGAAUGGCCCAAGUGAUUGGUGCUCUGCUUAGCUACGGGCUGGGGAAUGUAACGAACCUCGCUGUUCCGAACUGGAAACUCAUCUAUAUAGUCAUUGGGGCGAUGACACUCCUCUGGGCCAUUGUUCUCAUUCUCUGGAUGCCGGACGGACCCCAUAACGGCAGAAUGUUCUCUGAAUAUGAACGCAUCGUCGCUGUCUGGCGCAUUCGAAACAACAGGACUGGCAUACAAAAUUCCACCUUCCUCCCGCAUCAACUUAAAGAGGCCUCGAUUGACCCGAAGGCUUACAUCCUACUCCUAAUGGCCGCGGCCUAUGGUAUUCUAAAUGGCUGCGUUACCAACUUCGCUAGUGAACUUAUCAAAGGCUUUGGAUUUAGCGGUCUACAAGCAAACCUGCUACAGACUCCCGGGGGAGCCUUUCAAAUUUUUACAAAUAUUGGUUUCGGCUUCCUGGCAACUCUGCCAAAUAUGCUGGGAGUAUCGAAUUUCUUAGCUUGCAUUCCCGGCACAGCCGGACUAAUCGGAAUGCUCUUGAUCCCGAACAGCCAGCGCUGGGCCCUAGUCGCCUGGCAUACGAAACGAACCACCGUCAUGGGACUAUAUUUCGCGUUCUACUGUGCUGGCAACAUUUCCAGUCCUCAUCUUUUUAUCCCAAGUGAAGCCCCAAGAUACAAGACAGCAAUCAAGGGUCUGGUGGGAACAUACUGUGUUGCCAUGUUCCUGCAACUGGUGUACACAGCCUGGUGCUUUGUGAAUAAUAGUGACCGUGACAAGCAAUCGCAACGCGAAGGUUCUAAUGAGCAGCAAUAUGCAGGUGAUUUGGAAGGAUUUGAGGAUUUCACGGACAAGGAGAACAAGCAUUUUAGAUAUCGACUCUAG